AGCGGCUUUUGUAGGUCUAUAUUGCGCAAAGAAACGCGGUCAUCUGGGGCGCACAGGUGGGUGCGCUCUCCAUGGUGCCAAGAGAUCAGUCUGCGCAGUUCCACUUCUCACACAAACUGGGAAUUUGGACACAAUUGGACCAAAAUCCACUUGUGGGGAGGAUGGAUUGGUAUGCACGGUAGUCUUGGGAGGAGAGGAGGGGACAUGGGCGGGGCUGAGGUUCCUCUCAUUUCCCCUCCAUGCUUAGCGGGGCAGCAGGGCUGGAGAGACCUCCGGGGAGCACAGUCGCCAGUCCAGCACGGAGACCCACCUGGCCAAAAAACCGCGCCUCACACUUGCCAGGAUUGCCAAAUAUUCCUGAAAAAUAUACCUGCUAUUUAUGGCAUGUGGCUUGUAACUUUACUCCUGCUGUACUCUCUCCAAGAAGUACACAGUGAGGAUGUGGGCUCUACCAGGCUGUACUUUGUGAAUGCCUCCCUGCAGAGGGUAACCUACUCCAGCUCGGUGGGGGUGUCCCUGCCCUGUCCAGCAGGCGGCACCCCCAGUGCCAUACUACGCUGGUACCUGGCCACCGGCGACGACAUCUACGACGUGCCCCACAUCCGCCAUGUGCACGCCAAUGGCACCCUGCAACUUUACCCCUUCUCGCCCUCCGCCUACAACAGCUACAUCCACGACAACGACUACUUCUGCACUGCUGAAAACCAGGCGGGCAAGAUCCGCAGCCCCAACAUCCGCAUCAAAGCUGUUUUCAGGGAGCCCUACACCGUGCGGGUGGCAGACCAGCGCUCGAUGCGGGGCAACGUAGCUGUGUUCAAGUGCCUCAUCCCCGCUGCCGUGCAGGAGUAUGUCAGCGUUGUGUCCUGGGAGAGAGACACUGUUUCCAUCGUCCCAGGUAACAGGUUCUCGCUGACCUCCUUCGGGGCUCUUUACAUCUCUGAUGUUCAGAAGGAGGAUGCCCUCUCCACAUACCGGUGCAUCACCAAGCAUAAGUACAGCGGCGAGACGCGCCAAAGCAAUGGAGCCAGGCUCUCCGUAAUGGACCCCAACGAGUCCUCUCCCACCAUCCUGGACAGUUUCCAAGCAGGGGAGCUGUAUGCAGGCCAGAGUAUCGAGCUCCCCUGCACAGCGGGAGGUUACCCCAGCCCUACUGUACGCUGGCUGAAAGAUGGUCGCCCACUGCCCUCAGAUGCCCGCUGGACACGGCGUUUGACAGGGCUGACCAUCAGUGACCUGAGGCAGGAGGACAGCGGCAGCUAUGCAUGCGAGGUCACCAACAGUUUUGGCUCAAAGGAGGUGUCUGGGCAGCUUCACGUGAUAGAUCCGUUACGAGUGACCUUGUCCCCUAAGAAUCUGAAAACUGGCAUCAGCAGCACACUGUUCUUCACUUGCACUGUGGAGGGCUCUCCAGAAUACACCAUCACCUGGUACAGGAACACAGAGCCCAUCGUCCCCGACCAGCACAUCUCCAUCCAGGGACAACACAACGACACGCUGCAGAUCACUGCGGCACAGAAGUUCCACUCUGGGGCCUACCAGUGCUUUGCUUCCCGCAAGGGCCACACUGCUCAGGACUUUUCCAUUAUUCUGCUAGAGGAUGGUACUCCUCGUAUCGUGUCUUCCUUCAGCGAGCGGGUGGUGAACCCCGGCGAGCCCUUCUCCCUAAUGUGUGCGGCUAAAGGAGCCCCGCCCCCUUCCAUCACCUGGACGCUGGACGAUGAGCCUGUGGUGCGAGACUCCACCUACAAGACCAGCCAGUACACCCUGUCUGAUGGCCUGACCGUGUCACACGUCAACGUCAGCAGCCCGCUCAUUCGAGAUGGAGGAGUGUAUCGUUGCGUCGCACGCAACUCGGCCGGUAGCGCCGAGUACCAAGCGCGCAUAAACGUAAGAGGUCCGCCCCGAAUCAGACCCAUGCGGGACAUCACCGCAGUAGCAGGCAGGAAUACCUACAUAACGUGCCGUGUGAUUGGCUACCCUUAUUACUCUAUCAAGUGGCUGAAGGACGGCAUGCAGCUGCCUGAUAAUCAUCGUCAAGUUGUGUUCGAGAAUGGCACCCUGCGGCUGACGGAUGUGCAGAAGGGUGCGGACGAGGGCACCUACUUGUGUAGCGUUCUGAUCCAGCCCCAGGUGUCAAUCAACCAGACUGUCCAUGUCACUGUCAAAGUGCCACCGCUCAUCCAGCCCUUCGAUAUCCCCUCUACCUCAGUGGGGAAGCUCAUGUACAUUGCCUGUGUGGUGUCAUCUGGGGACAUGCCCAUACGCAUCACCUGGCACAAAGACGGCCAGCUCAUCGUGCCAGGCUCCGCCUCUGGCGUCGCAAUAGAGACCAAAGAGUUCAUGAGUUCCCUGCAAAUCUCCAAGGUGACACUGAAGCACAACGGAAACUACACCUGCAUCGCCAGCAACGCUGCCGCCACUGUCAGCUGGGAAAGACAGUUGAUUGUUACUGUGCCACCACGUUUUGUGGUGCAGCCCAACAACCAGGAUUGUAUCUAUGGUAAAGCUGGAGUCCUCAACUGCUCUGUGGAGGGUUACCCACCUCCAAAAGUCAUGUGGAAACACGCCAAAGGUGUAGGAAACCCACAGCAGUACCACCCAGUCCCUCUAACUGGCCGUAUCCAGAUCAUGUCAAACGGCUCUCUACUCAUCCGACAUGUGCUUGAGGACGACCGUGGGUACUACCUUUGUCAGGCCUCCAACGGAGUGGGCUCAGACAUCAGUAAGAGCAUGAUCCUCACCGUCAAGAUUCCUGCCAUGAUCACCAGCCACCCCAACACCACCAUGGCGAGGAAGGGCCAGACCAAGGAGCUGAACUGCACAGCGCGGGGCGAACAGCCGAUCAUCAUCCGCUGGGAAAGAGGGGACACCGUCAUUGAUGCUGAAAGAAACCCCCGUUACUCCAUCACCAUCAACAAGAAGGGGGAUGAAGUCAUCUCUACCUUAAAGCUAAACCCAGCUGAGCGAGGAGAUUCUGUCUUCUUCUCCUGCCAUGCCAUCAACUCCUAUGGAGAGGGUCGAGGGCUCAUCCAACUUACUGUGCAGGAACCACCGGAUCCCCCUGAGCUAGAAGUGAGGGAGGUGAAGGACAGGAGCAUGAACCUUCGCUGGAUCCAAAGGUUUGAUGGAAACAGUAUCAUCACCAGCUAUGACAUCGAGUACAAGAACAAGUCUGACUCCUGGGAUCACAUGUACACAACCAGGAACAUCUCGCCCACCAACAACCAGGCCAACAUUGUAGAGUUGCACCCAGCCUGUGUUUAUAGCAUCCGCAUGUACUCCUACAAUAAGAUUGGCCGUAGCCUUCCCAGCAAAGAGCUCACAAUCAGCACUGAGGAAGCACCACCUGACGGGCCACCGAUGGAAGUAAUCCUUCAGCCGAUGACAUCUCAGAGCAUACGGGUUACAUGGAGGGCUCCUAAGAAGGAACUGCAAAACGGGGUGAUCCGAGGCUACCAGAUCGGUUACAGAGAGAACGGUCCAGGCAGCAACGGCCAGUACAGCAUAGUGGAGAUGAAAGCUACAGGAGACAGUGAAGUGUACACCUUGGACAACCUAAAGAAGUUUGCCCAGUACGGGGUUGUGGUCCAGGCCUUUAACAGAGCUGGGACGGGCCCAUCCAGUACUGAGAUCAACGCUACCACACUGGAAGAUGUGCCCAGUGAGCCUCCGCAGAACGUGCGAGCCAUCUCGGUGACGUCGGACGAGGCGGUGAUCACAUGGGCAGAGCCUCCACGGCUGACGCUGCACGGUGUGCUGAAAGGCUACCGGGUUGUGUUUUGGUCCCUCUUCCCUGACGGAGGUGGGUGCUGUGGGGGCCAGGCCCAGUGGCCAAUGCAGAAGUGGGGAGAGAUGCAGAAUAUCACCACCACACGUGAACAGGUGGAGCUGCGAGGGCUGGAGAAAUUCACUAACUACAGUGUUCAGGUGCUGGCCUACACACAAGCUGGCGAUGGAGUCCGCAGCAACGUCCUGUAUAUCCAAACCCGCGAGGACCUUCCUGGUCCUCCGGCUGGCAUCAAGGCAGUCCCCUCCUCUCCGAGUAGUGUGGUCGUGUCUUGGUUACCUCCUCACAAACCAAAUGGUGUUAUCCGCAAGUACACCAUCUACUGCUCCAGUCCAGGGUCUGGACAGCCGGCACCCAGCGAGUACGAGGCCAACCCAGAGAUGCUCUUCUACCGUAUCACGCACCUUAGCCGUGGUAAACAAUACCACAUCUGGGCUGCAGCCGUGACAACUGCCGGCCGAGGCAACAUCAGCGCAAAGGUCACAGUGGAACCUGCUGGGAAAGUCCCAGCUAAGAUCCUGUCCUUUGGAGGCACAGUGACCACUCCUUGGAUGAAGGAAGUGCGUCUGCCCUGCAGCUCAGUGGGAGAGCCCGCCCCCACGAUUAAAUGGACCAAAGACAGUGAGGACUCCGCCAUUCCAGUGACAGCUGACAGUCAGCGGCAGAUCUUAUCCAACGGCACACUGGUGCUGCGUUCAGUCAAAGCAGAGGAUUCUGGGUACUACACCUGUACAGCCACUAACACCCUUGGCUUUGACACCAUCAUAGUCAAUCUUGUGGUACAAGUUCCUCCUGACCAGCCCCGUCUGACUGUCUCCACCACCUCCACCUCCUCCAUCACCCUGGCUUGGAUCCCUGGGGACAAUGGUGGAAGCUCCAUCAGAGGAUUUGUGCUGCAGUACUCUGUGGACAACACAGAGGAAUGGAGGGAUGUGUUCAUCAGCUCCAGCGAACGUUCCUUCAGGUUGGACAAUCUGCGCUGUGGAACCUGGUACAAGGUCAAGUUGGCUGCUAAGAACAGUGUGGGCUCAGGGCGCAUCAGUGAGAUCAUUGAGGCUAAAACACAUGGCAGAGAGCCAGUAUUCAACAAGGACCAGCCGCUGCUCACCCACAUCAACUCCACUCAUGCGGGUCUCAACCUGCAGGGCUGGACCAGUGGUGGUUGCCCCAUCACUGACUUGAUGCUGGACUUUAGGCCCAAAGGUACCUGGGCCUGGCAGAGCCUCAAGGCCAACUCCACCACUCAGCUCUUCCUCAGUGAGCUGCGUGAGGCCACCUGGUACGAGCUCAAAAUGAAGGCCUGCAACAGUGCUGGGUGUGGCAACCAGAGCUCCCAGUUUGCCACCACUGACUAUGAUGGCAGUACAAUCCCUCCUAUUAAAUCAGCUCGUGGAGAAGGGGAUGAUGUGAAAAAGCUGUUCUCCAUUGGCUCUCCUGUCAUCCUGGUUACUCUGGGUGUCGCUUUGCUUUUCAUUAUCCGCAAGAAACGUAAGGAGAAGAGGCUUAAACGACUCAGAGAUGCUAAGAGCCUCGCUGAGAUGCUUAUCAGCAAGAACAAUCGCAGUAUAGACACUCCUGUGAAGGGUCCUCCUCAAGGACCGAGGCUCCAUAUUGACAUCCCCCGGGUUCAGCUACUCAUUGAGGACAAGGAAGGCAUUAAACAGAUAGGAGAGGACAAGGCAGCUGUGCCAGUGACAGACACUGAGUUCAGCCAAUCAGUGAAUCCUCAGAACUUCUGCACAGGCGUGUCUCUUCACCACCAGGCCCUUAUCCAGAAUUCAGGGCCUUUGAUUGACAUGUCAGACAUCCGGCCUGGCACAAAUCCUGUGUCUAGGAAGAGCAUAAAAUCAGCUCACAGCUCCAGGAACAGGUACUCCAGCCAAUGGACCCUGAGCCGUCCGAGUCAGAGCCAGUCGACAGCCUCGGCACGAACUCUGACCUCAGACUGGCGGACCAUGGGUUCUCAUGGCAUCACAGCCACAGAGAGCGACAGCUACAGUGCCAGCCUCUCUCAAGACACAGACAAGGGACGCAACAGCAUGGUGUCAACAGAGAGCGCCUCGUCCACCUAUGAGGAGCUGGCAAGGGCCUACGAACACGCCAAGCUGGAGGAGCACCUGCAACACGCCAAGUUCACCAUUACAGAGUGUUUCAUCUCUGACAGCUCCUCUGACCAAAUGACCACAGGUACCAAUGACCCUGCAGACAGCAUGACCUCGCUCAGCACGCCGUCUGAACCUGGUAUCUGCCGCUUCACUGCCUCGCCACCCAAACCGCAGGACUAUGACCGCGGUAAAAAUGUGGCUGUUCCCAUUCCCCACCGUGCUAACAAAAGCGAAUUCUGCAACCUACCCCUCUACAUGAAGACAGACCCAUUCUUCCGCAAGCAAGGGGAGCUGCAUGACCCAUGCCCAGCUGUGCCACCGAGGGAAGCCUCAAUUCGUAGCCUGACGCAACGGGCGUAUCACACCCAGGGCCGUCACAAGACUCUAGACCCUGCCAAGCAGCAGGCCCUGACGCUGGGCCACUCUGGGCUGGGCAGCUUGGGUGCGAGCUCGGGCACUGCCACCUUGCCCCAAAGGACUCUCACCAUGCCCAGCUCCAACACUGCAGCAACAGCUUCCACUUCCAGCACGAGCAGCAACCCCACCAACAGUAACAAGGUGGGGGGCUCCAGAGACUCGCUGCUAGAGAGCAGCUCCUCUGCAUUGGGGAGACUGCAGAAACAGAGUGUGGGGGCCUACUCCAAGUCAUACACACUGGUGUAG